CCCUUUGUAUGUGGCCACUCCUCUAUGACAGGCAGCGCUUUCUAAGUGGGCGAGUCUUUCAUUCCUGUCCAGACUCUACACAGCUCAGGUUUUGUGCAUUUCCAUUCAAGUCGUGAAUUCUGAAGGAAAGUUUUCACUCUUUGGAUUUAGACAGUUUCUCAUAAAGAAAUGGUGAGUGCUGACAUUAUCCACUGAAGAAAAGCAACAGGAAGUCAAUUCACUGACAUGGAUGGCAACGGAGAGAUCAGUGACACUGACAGUGGCAUCAUCCUUCAUUCAGGCUCUGACAGCCCAAUGACACAUAUGAAGGAUGUGACCACGCACACACGGGCCAUGAAGCUCAAACAUCAGGCUCUCCAAGAGCGACUGGAGAUCUGCCUCCUGGAGCUGAAGAAACUCUGCAUCCGAGAAGCAGAGUUGACCGGCCGGCUGUCAGAUGAUUACCCUCUGCUCCCAAGAGAGAAGCCACCACAGAUCCGCAGACGUAUUGGAGCUGCGUUUAAACUGGACGAACAAAGCAUGCCUCAAGGAGCAGAGGAGUCAGAACUGAGUUUAGUGGAUGCUGAGUUGGCGCUUCAGAUGAAGAUAUAUGAGGCAGCGCGCAAGCUCUGCGAGGAGAAUCAUACGAGUAAGGCUGUUAGAAGGAGCCGGUUACAGCAGUGCAAGAGAGAAGAGAAAAAACUGAAACGGUUACAGGAGACAGCCUUUCAGUUACGACUGGAGCACGGUCGAUCAUCACCACUCCCUGCUUUUAAUAUUGCACAACAUGAUCUGGGUACAUCUGAUGACAGCUCUCUGUCUGAUUCUGUAGUACAAGAUGAAGAAGUGACAAGUCAGUCAUCACAUUUUUCUUCAGGACUCCCUUGUCCAGGAGAGAUCGAUUCUCCCCAGCCUGCCCCUGGAUCCUCACAGUCCUUCAUAGACGCCUCGUACAUGUCUCCAUCUGUGGCUCCACAGACCCCGUCGCUGACCCCAAGCCAGUCUCCCCAUCCAAGCCUUGACUCUACGCUGAGUUUAAACUCAAGCCCCGUAUGUGAGCUUCCUCCCAUCCAGCACUCCCCGUGGUCAGAGUCUAGUCUUGACAAACCUUACCAGAAGAGCAAGAAGUCACGCUCCUCCAGCAAGACGAGCAGUCCAGCCAAAACGGAGUUGUUGCCACCGUUGGAGGCUUGCUUUGCUUCCCAUCUGAGGCUGAGUCGCACACAGUCCAACAGUACGCCUUCCACACCAGAGAUGCGGGUGCACAGACAACUCUCCCUCAGGAUAUCCAAUCCUGAAUCUUCAUUUGAAAAGGAUCGUGGUCGCACCAGAGGUCCAAGGAGGCGACUGACAGAAUAUGCAAUUACUUUACCAGAGACUCCUCCCCCCACGGUGCAUUAUGGGAAUCGUGUUAACUCCGAGGAUAGCAACUCCGAACACUCUUUUACAUCUUACAACAGCUCACAGUGUCAGGAAUUGCCCUGUGAUUUGCCAAAACAAUAUCAGUCUGCACUUUCGCACUCUGGCCCAGUAGGCAGCUAUGGACCUCAAGUCUUCCCACGCACUGGCUUUUACCAUAAUCCCAGGUACCAGUCCAGCCAUAGUUUUCACCAAGCCUAUUACAACGAAGGAAUGGUCUACCAGCCUGAAAUGGACUCGGCACGGAGCUAUUACACCCAGCAGGCUCCAAGUCCUUCUAACAGAUAUGAGUACUACUAUAAAGAUGCCGCUGUUCCCCACCAGAGAGCACAGAGGCCUUUACCUCCUGACAUUAGACUCUCCCCCUCCCCGGCUCAAUGGGACCAUCCACACUACCGCUCUAGUGGCCUCCCACAACAAGUGGUGAAUGAACAGCUCAAGUCAUGGCACUGGCGCAGUCAGCUCAAAUCCCCCAGGGCCCGCUCACUCGACAGACAGGGAGCGGUCCGAGUUAAAAACAUGUCCGCUCGGGACGUGACCCUGCACCAAAAUCAGAAGUACCAUGAACAGGUUAUCCAAAGAAGGGCUCUUCACAGAGCUGCAGAUGAUGCUCAAGGGCACUGGGUUGUAGAUGAUGGUUCUCACUUUGUCAGUCAGUUGUAAACCAACCACCAAACAUAAACUGAACAUGUGGAGUCAGAGGCUGCAACUGCUUUAAUUCCCAAUUAACCAAAGUGAAGUGGUCAAAAAAAUAAAAAUCGAAUUAACUGCGUAUGCCCAUAAAAGAAUACUUUUUUGAUGAUUCCUGCCUGCCCUAUUUGGACAUAUAGAUGGGAGGAUGAAAAAAACUAACAUCUUACAAUAUAAUGCAAUCUAGUACAACAAUAAAUUUACAGCCACUAAAUUUACUGUGAAGUUGAAUCAAACACCCCCCCUGACACAGCAACAGUAAAGUUGGUUGCCGAGCAGUACAUCAUCUGGAGCACACCUGUAAAGUGAACACCUGUUGUUUAGGUCCACUCUCUCUAUGUUGUUUUGUACUAACAAUUACAAAAUUAAGCAUUUACCUGCUUGGUAUGUGUGACUGAGGGCUGGUUUAACCGGUGACUAAAUCUGCUGCCAGUUGAAAAAAGGUUAAACGGUGUCU